AUGUCCUCCCGUGCACCGCUCCUUACCACUUGGGCGCCUUGGAGCCGCCACGCUACUACAGUCUUUUCAUCGGGAGCAGUUUCCUCAAGAGCGAGACAUGCUUCCGCCGCUCCUCUUCUCGUUGAGAAGAACACACAAGCUACGGCACCCACAACUCUCUCAGCUUUGCCUACAACAGUCUUGUUGAGGUCACUGCUGGUCUCAGCGAUAUCUUCUAAACCAUACCUCCUUGGCCCAUCACUUGCAGCUUUGUCGUUUCUCACAAAGCCCAACAGACCAUGGCUCUUGGAUGUUGACCGGAAUCCUGUUCUUCAUUCUAUCUUGAAGACAGUAUUUUACAGACAAUUCUGUGCUGGAGAGUCGGCAGAAGAGACAAAGAAUACCAUGCGACAUUUAAGGUUUAUGGGCUUCCGUGGCACAAUUCUUACCUACGCCAAGGAGACUGUCUUCGACCACCGCACAAACACAGAGCAUGGUUUGGGAAUUGACGCAGAAAAUGAUGCAAAGACGAGUAACUGCUCAAGCAUCGAAAGUUGGAGGAAGGGAGUUCUGGAGACAGUUGACCUGCUUGGUGAUGGUGAUCAACUAGCGUUGAAGCUUACUGGCGCAGGUCCAAGAGCAACCGCAGCUUUUGCAGCGGACAAGAUGCCCCCCAAACAGAUAAUGGAUGCUUUGGACGAGGUCUGCAUUCGCUGCAAGGAGAGAGGCAUUCGUCUCCUGCUUGACGCCGAGUCCCAAAAGUUCCAAUGGGGUAUUUUCCGAGCUGGCAUCGAACUCAUGCGAAGAUACAACCGUGACGGCUAUGCCACCAUCUACAACACCUACCAAGCAUACCUGAAGAGCACCCCAACCACCCUGGCCAAGCACCUCGAGCUAGCAAACAAUGAAGGUUUCACUCUCGGCUUGAAACUCGUCAGGGGCGCUUACAUCCUCUCGGACGAGAGGUCUCUCAUCCAUGACACCAAGCAAGAUACCGACGACGCUUACAACAGUAUUGCCCAGGGUGCUCUCAAGAGGCACAUUGGGGAAUAUGGGGCACCGGGAGGCAAGCCGUUCCCAUCUCUGAAUCUGUUCCUUGCCAGCCACAACAAGCACAGCGUCGUCACGGCCCACAAGCUACACAAACAACGAAUGCAGGAGGACCUGCCGACGGUGCCGGUCGGAUUCGCACAGCUCCAGGGGAUGUCAGAUGAAGUCAGCUUUGCAUUGUUGCAGUUGAAGGACGGUCAGGAUCCGUCGCCCCAGGUUUGGAAGUGUUCCACGUGGGGAACCAUGGGGGAGUGCGUGGCGUAUCUUUUGCGGAGAGCGGUGGAGAACAGGGAUGCGGUAUCUAGGACGGUGGAUGAGUAUACAGCACUAAAGAAGGAGCUUGGCAGAAGGCUGCGGUCUAGAACGUCCCGGUCUCGGCCUGUUGGCUAG